ACGGCCACUCUAAUUUAGAGGCACGCGUUAGAUCAACAAAGGCAACGUAGAAAUUUUUAACUUAUUUAUUUAUAUAGGAAAUAAUAACAUUAGAAGACCGAAUUAUGUGUACCGGCUCACCAAGCAGCAAUGGCUCCCAGUCGGAGGAGGGCAGCAGCUCCUCGGAUCAACAGCCUCAGCAGGAAAACCAGGAAACGGAGCAACAGCUGCGAACACCCACCCACGCAGUUGUACCCGCUGCCACAUCGGAAGAAAUCCUGGCCGAAUACGGCAGCAAUCUAAAGCUCCUCGAGUGCAAUUCACAGGUGGCCGAGCUGCUGACCAUCCUGCGCGACAAAAAUACGACCCGCAGCGACUUUAAGUUCUACGCCGACCGACUGAUUCGCCUUGUCAUUGAGGAGUCUCUCAACCAGCUGCCCUACACGCACUGCGAUGUGGAGACGCCCACGGGUGCCAUAUACGAGGGCCUGAAGUAUCGUUCCGGCAACUGUGGUGUGUCCAUCAUCCGAUCUGGUGAAGCCAUGGAGCAGGGAUUGCGGGAUUGCUGUCGCUCCAUUCGAAUUGGCAAGAUCCUUGUGGAGUCGGAUGCCAACACACAUGAAGCUCGAGUGGUUUAUGCCCGCUUUCCGGAUGACAUUGGCAGCAGGCAGGUGCUGCUAAUGUACCCCAUUAUGUCCACUGGAAACACUGUACUGCAGGCGGUCAAUGUACUAAGGGAACACGGAGUGCCGGAGAGCUGUAUCAUCCUGUCAAAUCUGUUUUGCACACCCAUGGCUGCUAGGACUGUGGUGAAUGCUUUUCCCAAGCUGAAGAUCCUAACCUCCGAGCUUCAUCCGGUGGCCCCGAAUCACUUCGGACAGAAAUACUUCGGUACAGACUAGAGAUCUGGGACUGUCACGCAGACUUGACGACUAAGCGCUGCUUAGGAUAGAUGGCAUUUGAAACGACAAAAAGCAACGACCAGCGGUCUACCAAACUAUGUACUUUAGCAACUGUUAGCUUUUCACAACUGGCUUUUAAUGCAACUCUCAAAUACGUUACGUUCGUUACGCACUAUUGUAAAUAUAAAAAAGGAAUAAAUAUUUAAACCGA